ACACUCACAUGGGACAAAAUCAAGUAAAGAGGAUUAUUUUCAUGCCUGAUAACUCUACCUCGAGUGUUGUUUUUGUCACAGCCGUUUCGGUUGCACUAGCGGCUUUGAUUGUUAGGCUUGGU